UCUAUGAACGCAGCGUCGCACCGUCGCAGUGGAGAGAUUUAAUUAUUAAUUUUCUGGGGCACUCACUCGCGAUUCGACCCGAUAACUAUAACUACGCCUCGCAGACCGGCUUCUGCGAAUUUCCCGGCCGCUUCACGCCCUCGCCUCGCCUCUCCUGCAACCUGAACUCUCGAGAAAGAAAAAAAAGCGGCGGCGUUCGGAGGGAUGAUGCAACGCCGAGUGAGCAACGCUAAUGAGUCCAAGACGGAAGCGGCGGCACCGGCGCGGCACCUCAGCGUGCAGUCGCCCCAGGGCAAGGAGUCGACGGACAACACCGACUCGGACUCGGUCGAGGAGAUGCCGCUGGACAUCGGCAACAACUACCUGGUGCGGCGCGCCGACAACAAGUGGCACCCGGCCGAAAUCAUCCAGGCGCGCUUCAACGAGACUGAGUCCAUGUACGAGUACUACGUGCACUACGAGGGCCUAAACAGAAGACUGGACGAGUGGGUGGCUAAGGACCGAAUCAUGAACUCCAAGUUCCAGUUGACGGACAAGGAGCAGGUCAGCGUGAUGAGCAGCGAGGCCACCAUCGAGGACCAGAGCGGCCGCAAGGUCACACGCAACCAGAAGCGGCGUCACGACGAGAUCAACCACGUGCAGAAGACCUACGAGGAGAUGGACCCAACCACGGCCGCCCUCGAGAAGGAGCACGAGGCCAUCACCAAGGUCAAGUACAUCGACCGCAUCCAGUUUGGCAAGUACGAGAUCGACACGUGGUACUUCAGUCCGUACCCUGAGGAGUACGGCAAGCAGAGCAAGCUGUACAUCUGCGAGUUCUGCCUCAAGUACAUGAAGCUGGAGAAGACGUACCGCUACCACAUGAGCGAGUGCACCAGCAGGCAGCCCCCUGGCAAGGAGAUCUACCGCAAAGGGCCGCUCAGUGUGUUUGAGGUUGACGGCAGGGACUUGAAAAUCUACUGCCAAAAUCUCUGUCUGCUGGCAAAACUGUUCCUCGACCACAAAACGCUCUACUUCGACGUCGAGCCUUUCCUCUUUUACAUUCUCUGUGAUGUUGAUAAACAUGGUGCCCACCUCGUUGGAUACUUUUCAAAAGAAAAAGAGUCACCAGAUGGAAAUAACGUCGCCUGUAUAUUAACACUCCCUCCGUUCCAACGAAAAGGCUUUGGCAAGCUACUCAUAGCAUUCAGUUACGAACUUUCCAAACGAGAAAAACUGGUCGGGAGCCCAGAAAAGCCUCUCUCAGAUCUGGGAAAACUCAGCUACAGAUCCUACUGGUCGUGGGUACUUCUAGAAAUAUUGAGGGACUUUCGAGGGACCCUUUCAAUCAAGGACCUCAGCGAGAUGACCUCAAUCACCCAAACAGACAUAAUUUCAACGCUACAAGCGAUGAACAUGGUCAAGUACUGGAAGGGCCAGCAUGUCAUAUGUGUGACGCCAAAACUGGUUGACGAACACGUCCGAUCCAACCACUACAAGAGACCACGGAUGUUGGUAGACACAUCGUGCAUGUCGUGGACGCCACCCUACAAGCAGCCCCCAGUCAAGAUGGCCAAAAAGUGAAUGCAUUUCAUGUGUUAAUUAACGUUGCUUAAAGAAGUGAGUUCGUCAUUUGUUAGGAUGGAUAAAGGAAUUAUUAAAACUAUAUAGUAUCUCAGUGGAUGAGUAA